AUGUCUAAACCCGCCGUCGGCUUCGUCGGCCUUGGAGCUAUGGGCUUCGGCAUGGCCACUCAUCUCGUGAAGGAGGGAUACCCCGUUCAUGGAUACGAUGUGUUUCCAGCUUCGGUCGAUCGGUUCAAGGCUGCUGGUGGAAUACCGGCUUCAUCGCUGAAGGAAUCUGCCGAUGGCAAGCCGUACUACAUUUGCAUGGUGGCAUCUGCGCCUCAGGCACAAUCUGUUCUGUUCGGUGAGGACGGUAUUGUUUCUGUCCUUCCCCCAAAUGCGACCCUUCUCCUUUGCUCCACCGUGCCAGCUUCGUACGCCAAGUCUGUAGCCGCAGAAUUACAAUCUUGUGGUCGCGGUGAUAUCCAAUUCAUUGAUGCGCCCGUCUCUGGUGGUGCCAAGCGCGCUGCCGAUGGUACUUUGUCUAUCAUGGCGGGCGCAUCUGAUGCCGCGCUGGAGAGCGGCCGAUUCCUUCUCGAGACCAUGUCCGAUUCGGACAAGCUUUAUCUGGUGCCUGGCGGAAUUGGCGCAGGGAGCAAUAUGAAGAUGGUGCACCAGGUUCUGGCUGGGAUUCAUAUCUUGGGUGCUAGCGAGGCGAUGGGCUUCGCUGCGCAAUUGGGUCUGGAUGCGCACAAGACGGCCGAUGCUAUUAAAUCGGGAGAUGCGUGGUCGUGGAUGCAUGAAAACCGUCUUCAGCGUAUGCUGGAGGAGGAUUGGCAUCCUGGUGCGAGUGCUUUGACUAUCAUCUUGAAGGACGUGGGUAUCAUCACUACGUCUGCUCGCCAGAAUCAGUUCCCCACUCCGCUUUGCUCGACAGCUGAGCAGGUCUACCUGUCUGCUCUUCUUCAAGGCUACGGAUCCGUCGAUGACUCCUCCAUGGUCCGCCAGUAUUACCCCCAGCCCAUCUUGAAGGUCUCGAGCACCAAGUCCAUCGAAGAGACUGCCGAAGCACAACAGCUUGUCCUCGACUUGAUGCAGCUAACGAACCUCGUCGCAGCAGCCGAAGCUAUCGCGUUUGCUCGCCAUCUCAAAGUCGACCUCAAGCAAUUCUUCACACUUGUUAGCGAUGCCGCUGGUUCAAGUCGCCAGUUCAUGACCCUGGGAUUGGAGAUGAUUGAGGGUCGUGUUGGUCAGAACUCGGAAACUAUCAACGAUGUAAUCCUACGCUUGGAGAAGGCUGUGCAGAAGGCACGCGACUUGCACUGUCCCUUGCAUCUGGGAAAUGCGGCGAUGAGUGUUUUGUUCAUGGCGAAGAAGGCUGGAUAUGGUGCUGAGGGAAGCACUAGUGUGAUUAAAGUGUUUGGAAACUAG